AUGGCUGGGCUUGAAUCGGUGCCUGCUUUCACUGAUCGAGCGAAGCAGAUCGGCGUCAGCGAGGAGCUUCUGAACAAGCUCACUGCCAAGAACUUGGACACCUACGGCAAGCUCGCUUUCGUGUGCUCAAGCAAACCUUCGAGCGGGGAUGACGCGCCUCUCUUCGAGGCCCUGAAGACUCUGCUUGGGAGCGAGGUGCCGGUGGAACAACAUAUGGUGAUCAGGAGAUUGUGGUACGAGAGCCACGCACAUGCCCUGGUGGACUUGGAAUCGAGAGCCUCGAGAACGGGCGAGAGCAGCCCGCGCGAGAUGCCGUUGGCAGAACGCUUGACACGCUUGAAACGCCAAAGGGGCGAGCUUAAAGGCCUCGAGAUGGAUAUCCACACAGAGCCUGGACAUGGCCUUGUGGACCGGGUCCAGGCCAUGCUGGAUUCUGCACAAGUGCUGCACAUUGCUCCUGAGAAAUGCAUCUCCCGCCACGACGAGAUCCUGGGCGACAAGUCCGAGCAGAAGUUAUCAUUGGGAGCCGAUGGAAACAUCAAAAUCACAAAGCAAGCCUCCAGUCUCCGGUGCGAGACUACCGGCGAACUCAAGCUGCGCCGAUGCUUCCUCCGCCGAGCUUUAGCAUUCGACCAGGUAGGGCUUGCUUCAUUCACCGCAAUGGAAGCUUGGCACAACCGCAUGUUCCAGGCUCUGCUUGAUGUGCCUCCCGCGGGCUAUCGCUACACUACCGUUCAGCAGCUUCUCGCAGCUGACCAGAAGCUUUGGCAGGUCGUGGCCCAGGAGAGCCGAGGCGACAUCGUCAUCGGAGUCGGAGCCCCUGCUCCUCUUGACAAGCACAUAGCCGCGGCCGCAAACAAUCAGUUCGUGAUGUCCUGCUUGACACACCUCCCCAAGCCUGCCGAGAACCAGGGCCAACCGUGGAAGCCCAAGGGAGCCAACAAAGGCAAUCAAGGAGGUGAGAAGGGGACCAAGGGCAAGGGCCGCGGCAAAGGGAAGCAGAAUCAGAGCCAAGCCCAGGCUGACGCCUCCUCGCAACCAUCCUUGAAGGAGCUGCUUGAGUCAUUGCCCGAGGGAUGCGUUCGUGCAAACGAUGAUGGCCGUUUCAUCUGCCCAUUCUUCAACAAGGGGAUCUGUCGGUUCCAGAAGCGCAAGUCGUGCCGCUUUGGCAAGCAUGUGACGAGGCUUUUUGAUGCCUUGCCACACGAGCAGUGUGACCGAGACGCCGAGGGGCGCUCAUUUUCGGCAGGGAUGUACUCUCGGGUUAAGGUGAGCCUUCGCAAGGCUUGCAGGCUUUUUCCACAGACGGUGCGAGUGCCGUUUACACGAGUUUUGCCAUUUUUUGACCAGGUGCGUACUCGGCCACACCGAGACAGCCAGAACUCCUUUUCUCCGAAUUAUGUGAUUCCUUUGACUGUUUUCCAAGGGGGAGCUGUCCGGGUAAGCGAGCCAGGUCGGACCGUGGAUUUGCAAGUGUCUCGCGGGCCCGUUGCGUUUUGUGCAAGAAAGUACGAACAUUGCACUUUGCCAGCCACUGGGCGCCGGGUCGUCUUGGUGCUUUUUGCCUUGCAGGCCGGAGGGCGCGUCUCCGGAGCCGACAGACGCAUCUUGCUCGAUUUGGGCUUCCCGUUGCCCAGUGCCUCGCAGCUAGCUUCAACAAAGGCCUGCGCCUCGCAACAGCUUUCAGUCCCGGAUCAAAUGAGGCAGGUUCUCCCCGUGAAAGUGCCAGCCCCGGCCUUAACAGCGCCCGGGCCUCAGGGAUCUGUUCAGGUCCCUUCAAUACUCGCCGAGACCCAAUCACCGCCUUGCCCAGAUCAGGGUGCAAGUCGGCAACGUGGUGCUUCCAACUCGUCCGGGACCUCUGAGGGCUGCAACUCCCUGAAUAAACAGGGCCCCUCUCCGGUCCAUCGUCCUCCUUUGCUCGCUGAUUGCCUCGCGGUGGCGGGAUCUUUGUCGGCCGCCGCCAUGCAAGCUGGAUGGGAUGCCUUGUCCCUGGGCCACAAAGGUGGUGCCCCUGAGCUCUGCCCUCGAGUACCGAUUGACCUCUCCACAGCCGAUGAUCUGCAGGCUUUGCUUGACUUUGAUCGCAACACUUUGGUCGACUGGUGGCAUUUCAAUCUGUUCUUGAAAUCUUGCAAUCAGGGGCGUGAUUCCCAAGGACGAUUGAGCCUUCGUGAUGCCUCUCACUUGCUAGGGCGGGACGGGCUUCCCGCCAGUGCCACUUCCCUGCUGCAGCGUGACAACAGCUUGGCGCAAGCAGUGGUCGACCUGCUGUUCAGAGCUUACGAAACUCGGGCCCUCGUCAGCCUGAUCGGUCCAGCCCGGAGCUGGGUUUGGAGCCUCCUGGCCCACUUUGUCAAGCGGAGGCGGCAUCAAGGUUUUCUGCAAUGGUUCUUCGCUUUGGCCGAUCAGGAGCUUGACACCUGCAUGUUCGGUGCCCCCUUCUUGACGUCGCUGCGGGUCCGAGCUGACUCUUCAUCUUUCCCAGGCCUCAGUCGUUCCUGUGAUAAGUCCCAUAAGCAUCUGCCUUGGGUUCCUUCUUCUACGGCUGGGAGCUUCAGUGAUGCUUCGCUGCCCGCUGAGCUGUGCCAGACACUUUGUCGUUCCGCCACCGCCGCCUGCCAAGGAUUACUGGCCCAGAAAGUCGACUUCCUGCGUAGCCGCCAACUUCGAGCUCAGGUGCGAGCGGCGGCGGCCAAUCAGCCCACAUAUAUGCCACCCUUAAUCCCUGAGUUUCGGGUUAGGGUUCCUCUGUCCCAAGUGCCGACUGGAGCUGAUUACAAAGUCCUCUCCCAAAGUCGCGGCUCUAGAACGGGGGAUAAUGAUGAGCCGAAUCCUUCCGACGAGCCGAAUCCCUCCAAAAGGAUCCGGACGCAAAGAGACGGUAAGGCCGGGGACCUGGCAGGUGUGUAUUUCUCCAUGGAGGAGCACCUGCAUCGUGCAUGUGGGCUGCCCAGCCCAGCCGACAAUAGCAUUCGUUUGCCCGAUGCUGUGCGCCGCAACAUCUUUGCCAUUCUCACGGAAGGCCCUGUAGCUGUGUCCAAGCGGCGGAUGCUUGAACUGAAAUCCUUGAAUGACCGGAUGGCGGUGCUGUCUGCCGCUGAGAAAGAGCUUCGAGCCAAGAUGCAUCCGGAUGUGGAGCGAGUCACCAAAGGCAAGGCCCUAGCAUUGUUUCGCGAGCUUCUUGAGGAAACGGGGUUUCCCGACAUGUCAGUGGUUGACCUCCUUACCGAUGGUGUGCCAUUGGUUGGUCAAGAAGCCGAGUCCCCCCUGUUUGCAAAGCGGCCGAAGCCUAAGGACCUCGAGCCAGAUCAGCUCAAAGCCCAGGCCCUCCUGCGGCGGCGUGCAUUGCAAAAGAUGAAAGGGCUUACUUCCGAGCAGGAUUACAAGGCGAUGAAAGAUGAGACUUCCGAGGAACUGGCAGCGGGUUUCCUUACGGGUCCAUACCACUCGGAGCAGGAAGUCAGCGACAUCUUGAAGACCGAUGCUUGGUCGCUCUCGCCUCGUUUCCUGUUGAGGCAGGGCGAAGACGCCAAGAUAAGGAUAAUUGACGACUUUAAAAUGUCGGCGGUUAACAGGGCCUUUGGUUCCUCGUCUUUCCUAGAGCUUCAGGAUACGGAUUACGCGGUCGGCCUCCUGAGGUUCCUUUCCCGUGUGCUGCAGGAUCGCUCCAAGGUCCGGGUCCCCUUGUCUGAUGGCACCGUGCUCGAGGGAGACUGGGAUCCUGAGAUGCUCCGCCAGCCCGCUCUGCUCGGUAAGACGCUGGACUUGAGUAAGGCCUAUCGCCAGGUGAGCAUCCAUCCUUCUACGCGGGAGCACGCUGUCCUUGGCUUCCCCGACCCACAAGGCAAGUGGGAAUUUUACAUAGCCCAGAGCCUGCCUUUUGGAGCUGCUGCAAGCGUGUAUGGGUUCAAUAAAGUAGCACUUGCGAUUCUUCACAUAAUGGUUGUCAAGUUCGCUGCAAUCGCGACCGACUUUUACGACGACUACACUGUAUAUGAAUUUCGCCCAGCUGCUUUCUUACUGGACAAAGUCCUGAUGAGGCUGCUGGACCUGCUAGGGUGGACCUACGCGAAGUCUGGGCGGAAGUUUGUGCCUUUUGACAACAAGGUAGUCUCCUUGGGUGUUUCUUUGGGCCUUGACGAGAUAUGGGGAGGCACUCUCAAGGUUGAGAACAAAGCUGGACGACUCGAGAAAAUUGCAGCACUCCUCCGGACAGUGGCCCAGGGUGGAGCCGUGACGAGAAGUGACGUGGCUUCGCUUCAUGGCUUGAUUAACUUCGCCGGAGGACUGAUUAUGGGCUUCGAGCUGAAGCCUACUUCUCGAAUGCUGACACGGGCUUUGUCAGGACCUUUCCAGGGCAACACGCCCGAACUUCGGCAAGCUUGUGAGUUAGCUCUGGAUGUCAUCGCGCAGUGCAGGCCAAAGCGAUGCCCGGCCACAAUCCUGCCACCGAUUGUGCUCUACACGGAUGGGGCCUUCGAGAAAGGGCGAGGAACCUGGGGCGCGGUUCUUGUUGAUGCUUACACAGGUUCCCGAUGGGUUUUCGGGGGAGAAGUUUGCAAACCGCUGAUGGAUCACUGGGGCAAGGAGGCUGGGGCCCAAGUGAUUUGCCAGGUUGAGGCCUACGCUCUGGCCAUAACCCUGUUCGGGAUUUGCGGCCUCUUGAAAGGUCGCUCGGUCCUGGCUUGGAUUGACAACAAUGCCUGCCUUUAUGGAUUCGUGAAGCGAUACUCGCCCUCAGCCUCUCUGAUGCGCCUCAUCUCCCUGGGGGCCUUAAUGGAGAGUUCCAUGGAGGCGCUUAUGUGGUUUGAGCGGGUCCCCUCAAAGAGUAACCCGGCGGACCUUCCGUCGCGGGGACAGUUUGCCGAGGCUUGCGAGCGGUUUCAGGCCAUAAACAAGGGUGAUGUGGCAGCCACCGAUACUAUGAUGGACUUCAUUCGUGCUCCCCAUUACGAGCCGAAGCUGGCCCAGGCAAUCCUUUCGUCGGCGAGGCUGGAAGCCGAUUGGGCACAGGAAGUGCUGCAGUGA